AUGGCUGGAAGAAAGUCGCCGAGGAGUGAAAAUCAGGAAAACGCACACAAACCACCCGCCAGAAAAUCGGCUAUUUUGUGAGUAAAAUAAUCGUCGAAAAUUUGUCUCUGUCCGGGAAGAACGGACCCAAAUAAUGGUGGUAACACGGUUCAGAUCCUGAAACUCCGAAAUUGCUGUUCAUUUUUCUCCUUUUCGACAAACCGUUUUUGAUUAGAAAUGACUCCGAUUGUAGUCAUUACAGUUAAAAGGGAGUUGAACUACAGAAAUUUUGCAUUUCCGAAUCUGGUCUCUACUAUCACCAUUACCUGGGUCCGUUCUUUUCUCAAGAGUCCGGAAUACAUUCCGAAGAACUGUAAUUGAAAAAAAUACAAGUCUUACUGAAAUUCCCCCUAAUAAUCACGAAAAAAGGUGCAGAUCUCCGCACGAGGAAUUGCGCGAACGUCUUCUGGAGACGGCGAUCGACACGAAGGAGAACAUUCCGGAAGAGGAGAUGCGGAAGGCGCGCGGAAGCGCAACUUCGGAUUCCGGCUCCGUCGAGAGCCGCAAAAGACGCAGUACAAAGGUUUUUUUUCUACAAAUUACACAAUAGAAUAGAGUUUUUUGUGCGCGCGACGAUUGAAAAUUGAAUUUUGACAAAAAGAUAAGAAAAUGGGUAAUUUCGUGUGCGCUUCCCACUUUUCAAAAUUUUGCGUGAAAAAUCGACGAAGAUCGUUGCGAAUUGAGAGGAAAAAUGACGAGAAAACGGUGAGAAAAGGGGUCAGAAAAAGGGGCGAGAUUAGAUUGGGAAGAUACGAUUGGGCCGGAGAAUACGCGAGAAGUCAUUGAUUGAUGAGGGACGAAAAAUAGGAAGCAUGGGCCUUUUUUUUGUAGAAAAAAUGGGUUUUUAGUCGCUAACUAAUUGUUCAGAAGCCCUGAUUUUUAGCAGUAUUUUAAGGGAAAUUGAUUCGAGAAAUGAGUUUGAAAACGCAAGUUUCUACAGUUUUAGAAAAAUGUGAAAUUUUGUCUUAAGAAUAAUAGAAUGUUUUGUCAGCUCUCGUUUUCAAAAAAGCUGAAGUUCGAUUAUUCAAGAGAAAAAUUUAAAGGAAUUAUUAUGGCGGCAUUUGACUGCAAUCGCGCUCUACCGCAAUCACACGUGAAAGCCCGGCCGCGACCGCCACCUUUUCCAAUUUAGCAUUGAAUUCACGUGGAGCGCGAUUGCAGUCGAAUGCACAAAUCAAAUUUACACAAUUAGUAACUAUAAUUCGUUUUCCAAGUGAAAAUGGAGAACUAGAACAGUGUCAAAUUGCUCAUUUUCUCUCGCUCUCGCUCUUUUCCAAGAGAGAGAGAGAGAGAGAAGGAAAAGUUUGCACUGGGAAACGGACACUUUGUAUUUGACCAGUGUAAUAGUGCGCCAAAAAGAAGAAGAAGAAGAAGAGUACUCUCUCUCUCUCUCCGGGUCGUUCGCAUACAAUCCAUCACACGAGAGUGCGAGAGAAGCGAGAGAAACUGGCCGCCUUCCUCUCCCUCUUCUCUCGACAUUGCCCGACUACUUGCCCGUCGUCUGCCCCUCCGCAUCGAUGUGGGGGUAUAGCUCAGUGGCAGAGCAUUCGACUGCAGAUCGAGAGGUCCCCGGUUCAACUCCGGGUGCCCCCUACUUCCUUUUUGCACAUCUCGAGUAGGGAUUUGCAACGGAUUUGAGAGAUUCUCGGGCAUUUGUGUAGUAAUCAAAACAGCAUAGACUAGGAAUGCUUCAUAUUCUCCCAACAAUUCCGCCCAAAUGACCGAUUUGUUCAGCUUUUGCGUUCAAAGUGUUCAAUAGUUUUUCUAGAAGAAUUUUCUGCCCUAAAAAUUCUGCAGCGUUAGUAAUAGGGAUAUUAAGAAAUUGAAAGCGGCGAAAACUCCAACUUCCAGAAAACUGUGAGCAACUGGAUGUUUACAGUUUCAACGUAAUUUUUUGAGAUUUUACGUUUUAUCGACGACAAUGAGCAACAAUUUUUUCGACUCCGCGACGUUUCAUACAAAGCCUUUAUUCGGACAUUGGCCUUCAAAGUCGCUAUUCUCUGUUGAACAUAUUGUCGGAGGCUGGUUAUGACAUUGGUAUGAAACGUCGCGGAGUCUGUUUUUCCAAUGAUCUAUCAUCUAAAAUCGCUAAAAUUAUAACUCUGCUGAGAUGUAACCUUUGAAAGUUACCAAUUUUUGCUUCUUUUUUUACCCGAUUUUCUUCUUCUCGAUAUCAUUGCAAUCGCAUUUUUGAUAGAUUACGUGAUUUUGGUUCUGAACCCGACACAUCCCGUCCAAUGUUCCGUUCCAAAUUCGCCGCCGCCUCCGUCCCGAUGUUUCAUCAUUCUAAUCGCCCGUUCUCUCUUUCUCUCUCUCUUUCCCUUUUCCUUUCUCUUCGCUUCCUCCGCUCUGUCGAUAUUAUUUGUCCGCGUCGAUCGGUCGCCUAUUCCAUGUGGGGGUAUAGCUCAGUGGCAGAGCAUUCGACUGCAGAUCGAGAGGUCCCCGGUUCAACUCCGGGUGCCCCCUACUUCUUUUUUUGUCCAUCUCGAGUAGGGAUUUGCAACGGAUUCGGGCAUUUGUGUAGUUUCGUGAACAAAGAUUGAAGAUUUUCUGUAAAAUUUUCGUUUAGUGCUUUACAGACGCAGUUUUCGUGGAUAUACCUAAAAAUAAAGUAAAUACUGUAUUAGAAGGGCAUGCCCUUCUAUUCUUCAGAGCUCUCAUUUUGCUGGAUGCCCUUCUAAUACAGUGUUUACGGUAAAAUAUCUCUGCUUGAUACAUUGACUUUAAAUGAACAUUGACUUUAUUUUACAAGUUUUGAAAAAAAACGUGUGUUUCACAGGAAGGACCGGCGGCAAAACGGCAUUCGGGAGAGAAGGCCCGUGACGGACACGGAAGCAGCAAUGAGGAGUCGUCUAUUUCAGGUACAUCUUUUUGAUAUUAUCAAUGAUCAGCAAACUUUUCGGCAUUCCAGAAGACCACUCGUUCGGUUCCUCGUCCACCGAAUCACUAGUUUCUUCCCGUCAAAGAGGACGGCCUCUGCCGGUUAUGAUGGAGGAGGACGAAGUGUUCGAGGACGGAGACGGCGAGAUGGCACGGCUGGAGCACGAGGAACCACAGGACGACGACGACGACGGACACGCUUGGGUAUGAACUUUCAGUUUUCCUUUAAAAUUUAUGGAGGUUUUACUUUUUUGUUUAUUUAUCUAAGAAAAUGUACAUUUUUAGCGCUCUCGCACUCCUGCGGAAGAAUUGGAGGCGAUUUUGGACGAAGACGAGACUUUCGAGGAUGAAGAGUUUGACGAUGACGACGAUGUUUUGUUUGAAGACGGCGGUGAGCAGAAUUGCAAAACGUUUUCUGUAUUGUUUCAUAAAAGAACGCGAUCGAUAUGAGUAAUGAGUAAAGCUUUUAAAGUUUUCAUGAAACAUUAAAACUAACAAGCAGAGAAAAUAUUGAAUUGGAGGAAAAGAGUUAUGCCCUCUAGAGUAGACCUGCUGCCACGAAUUUUCUCUUUUCGGGUCCUCUAGGCCACUAUGACCCAGAUCUUCACGUCGCGAGUGACCGCGACGCGUACCUCCCGAGCAGUCCCGUUCAGUUGGGCAGAUACUAUUCGAUUGAUUUUCCCCGUUUAUUGUCUGCUAACCAACGUGUAAGAAUGAUAAAAGUGCAUUCUUUCGGUUCUGAUUCUUCAGACGACAUCGAAGGUGAGCGAAUACAUCGAUUGCAAAUGCGAAUGCGAAAUUUUUAUAGAACCCAUUCUCUGUAACAGUCAAGCGUGCCAUAGUGUGUUUGGGACCAGAGCGUGUAGAACGGCUAGAGAUUAGAAAUUUUAUAGACAUGUAUAAGGGGACUAGUGUGCUCCAUCUGCACAAUAUUAGGUCCCAGCUCCGAAUAUAUGCCAAAAUUGCAGAUGUUCACGUGCAGAACGAAUUGUUUGCGUUCGAGAAGAAGCACAUGAACGACGGGCGGCUGAUGGAGGCGCCGUCUCUGUUGAGCACGGCCAAGUGCGAGGGCAUCGGAUCGCCGCGCAAAGUGUGGUCCCUGAUGGUCAAACGGGAUGAACUGCCGCGCGCGACGCACUGUCUGCUCAACAGCCACCCGGAGAUGAGUGUGGGCAUGCGAAAACUGCUUCUCGAUUGGAUGAUGGAGGUGUCCGACUCGGAGAAUCUGCAUCGGGAGACGUUUCAUUUGGCGGUGGACUACGUGGACCGGUAUCUGGAGGCUACGGGCGAUCGUUGCUCGCAGGACACCUUCCAGCUCGUCGGCACCGCCGCACUCUUCAUCGCCGCCAAAUAUGAGGUGGGCUGUAGUGCAGUCGUAGUUUAAAAAUCAAUUCAUUCCAUUAGAAAAAGCCUAAAGUUUGCCCAAUCUGACAGGAACAUUGCCGAGUUGUACAACAAUUUCUGCAACUUUUCUCAUAUAUUUUUUUCAGGAAAUAUAUCCGCCGAAGUGCACGGAUUUCGCGGCGCUGACGGACGGCGCAUUCAGCGCCGACAACAUCCGGGAGAUGGAGAUUCUGGUGUCCAAGGACAUUGGAUGGAGUUUCGGACCGAUCACGAGCAUCCACUGGCUCUCCACCUACCUCCAACUGCUCGGCACCGGAAAGGUUUGCUCUUGCAUUGGUCAUGCAUACAGUGUGCCUUACCGAAAGGGUUUCGGUAAAUUUACCGGUAAAUUUACCGGUAAAAAUUUCGGUAAAUUGUCGGUAAAUUUUCGGUAAAACUUUUUUUUACCGAAAGAGUUUCGGUAAAUUUUCGAAACAAUUUACCGAAAAUUUACCGAAAAUUUACCGAUAAAUUUACCGGUAAAUUUACCGAAACUAUUUCGGUAAAAGUUUCGGUAAAUUUUAUCGGUAAAAGUUUCGGUAAAUUUUAUCGGUAAAUGGGUACUUGUUCGAAACAAUUUUCAAUUUUGAGAACGGAACAUUGAGGCGACUGUUCAGCGUGUUCCUGAUGUUUGGGAUGUUGUUCAGAAUGUUCUAAAUUGGUCACAUCAGUCACUUCCCUUGUCAAAAAAAGAACGCCGGUGCCGCGCCUUUUCGGUAUCGACGGCACCGCUCGGCGCCUCAAUUUUUUUCAGUUUUCUUUUUAACGAACAGUUUAUUUUUCGAAUGAGGAACUUUGGGGACACAUUAAAUGCGAAACUCGUUGCAUAGCAUUAUAAAAAAAAUUAAAAAUUUAAAAAAAUUUAAAAACAAAAAAAAUUAAAAAAAUUAAAAACAAAAAAACAAAAAAAUUAUUAAAAACAAAAAAAUUAUUAAAAAAAUAAAAAAAUUUAAACCAAAAACAUGUUUUUCACAUUUUUCUCCGCUCUCAAAAUUGUUCUUUCGGUAAUUGUCGAAAGGAACGAUUUACCGGUAAAUUUACCGGUAAAUUUACCGAAACUCUUUCGGUAAAAACGUUUUUACCGAAAAUUUACCGAAACUCUUUCGGUAAAAACAGUUUUUACCGAAACUCUUUCGGUAAAUUUUCGAAACAAUUUACCGAAAAUUUACCGAAAAUUUACCGAAAUUCACUUCUUUCGGUAAAAAAAAUUUCGGUAAGGCACACUGCAUGCAUAGCGUCGUAACUCGCAUGAGGGUUUUUGUAGAGAAUAAUCAUCAACAUCAACACAGUUGAUCAGCAUGAAAUUUGCUUCAACUUUCAAGUUGACCACUUCUUUCGUUGAAAAAUAAGAAAUCUCUUUUAAAAGUUAGCAUCGUUAUUGAGAGAAGUUUUAAAACACCAGAAAAUUUUGUCAAUUUCUUUCCGGAUAACUAUCGUUAUUGCAGCCGACACAGCCGUCGGAGCACUACGAGGAAAAGAAUAUGUACGUGCCGGAGCUGCUGCGGACGGAAUUCAUCGAAAUGUGCAAAAUACUGGACUACCUGCUAUUCGACCUCGAAUCCUUCCACUUCAGCUACCGUACCCUCGCCGCCGCCGUCCUUUUUGUCGUCUACGAACCGAAAGCCGCCGUCGAGCACGCCACUGGUUUGUUGCCUUUUUUGUAUUGUUUUUAAAUGCAUUUGAAUGUGCAGGGUUCUCGCGCGAGCAACUGCACCAAGUGAUUCGCUACGUGAAGCCCAUUUGCCACGUGUUCAACCGACUUCGUCAGGUCGGAGACGUCAUUCCGAAACGAUCGCACGUAUGGAACGAAAUGGCAUUUUUUGAAAAAUUUCCAUGUUUGCAGGUGAAAGACGACGACUUGCACAACAUUCAAGUACACUUCAAAUUCGACGAAAUUGAGCCGCUUGUCGUUAGUUUUGACAAUUUUUCCACUAAAAUCUUCGUUCGCUCUCCGAUUUCUCUUUAAAAAGAUUAUGAAGAGAAUGAAUGUUUUCAAAUAAUUUUCCAAUUUUUGCAGAAAAAGGAACGAGAACGGCUGUCAAGACUGCGUCAACGAUUGGUCUAA